UUUUUCCGUUUUAACGAACUGUCUUCCGGGCCGGAUCUGUUCACUUCGCUCCUGGCUGCCAACUUUUGUCGUUGUUGUUGUCGUUGUUGUUUUUUGGGCCGACGCGUGGGAGGUUUUUGACAACCUUCUGCCGGAGGAGAUGCUAGGGUGGCUGCAGCCCGGGGCCUGUGCUGGCCUCCCGGGUGGCGGAGCUUUUCUUUGACGCCGAAAAGCCCCCGUCUCCACCUGCCGCGGUUUAAGACAUUUCUGGCUCCGUCUAGAUGGGCGGUUAAACAGUCCCCCAGCUGCGGGCCGAAUUGGAGGAAGACCCGUCUCAGAUAUUGCCGGGGAGGACUGUCGGCUUGCCUUCGCGUGUGUGUCCGUGUAUGUUUGUGUACGCUUGUGUGGCUGCCGUAGCACACACCUAAAAACCACACAGGAACCCCCACUCUGAACCAACGUCCCCCUAAAGCCAAGCUCUCAAGUUGGGGGGCCUGAGCGCUCGUCCAUCACCGGCCUGGGGAGCCAAACGGCAGCGACUUCUUCCCCCAAACUCCGGUUGAGUUUUCCGUGCCUGCGAGAAGUUCUUCGGAAGAUGAUGACCAGUCCUCUUAGACGGGUCCGAUUACUGCAGCUGAUUUUCAAGGCUAUUUAAAAAAAAACACACAUACACACACACACACAAUAAUACGUAUCCGGCAGCGACCAUUAAUGGAUUUCUGUUGUGUUUAAGUUCUCCCAAGAUUAUACUGUAAAUAUUUGAUGAAGUCUAGCCUAUGUGUGCCUAUGCAUUCGUGCACGUAUAGUGCUGACCUUCGGGAGGCUCGGUUUGGACGUUGCCUUUGAGGUCUGAACACCGUCUUCCGUGGGGAAAGCGGCUCCGCGUAUGGAAGAGCCUGAUGUAUUUUGUGUUCUACUGGGACUUUAGGAAAAUCACCUGGAAAAAACUGAGAGGCGAUUAAACCACUGGAAAUCCCGAGACGGUGUGCCCGGGCCUGUGUGUAUGUGUGUUAGAGGCAGGUUUUUGGGUGCUCCGUGCAGAUUCCGCCCGGUAUAAAUAUUUCAGGUAGCUCGGGGGAGUUGUGGGCCUCGGGGAAGUAUAAAAAACACCAAAUCCCGAAUCGAGAAACUUCAAAGCAAACGGAACGAAGAGGGGUUUGGCUUCCCCAACGCUGCGCGUCGAAAGGCCGAGGGUUGGAGCGAAGUGAUCAAAACUUUUUUUCUUCCUUCUCCUUUCCCGGGCCCGGCUUUAGAGACCUCCACUUAGCCUCUUCCUCCUGCUCCUCCUCCUCCUCCUCCUCCUCCCCGCAGGCGUUUCAUGUUGGUGUGCCAACAGGACAGGACCGGUCGCCACGGCCCGGCCUUCGUCGCCCCUCCGGGGACCGAGUUUUCCCCGUUUUCCCCGUUUUCCCCGAAGACAGAGGCUUCUGUCGGGAGAGUUUUCACUCAAAAGGCCUGUUGUGAUGCGUAUCCCCGUAGAUACCGGGACCAGCCGCCGCUUCACGCCGCCCUCCACCACGCUGAGCCCGGGCAAGAUGAGCGAGACGCUCCCGCUGGCGGGGCAGGACGGCGGCGGUGCCACCCUGGUGGGGAAACUGAGGAACGCCGACCGGACCAUGGUCGACGUGCUGGCCGACCACCCGGGAGAGCUGGUCCGCACCGACAGCCCCAACUUCCUCUGCUCCGUGCUACCCACCCACUGGAGGUGCAACAAAACCUUGCCCAUCGCCUUCAAGGUGGUGGCUUUGGGAGAUGUUCCCGACGGGACUUUGGUCACCGUAAUGGCCGGGAAUGAUGAAAAUUACUCCGCAGAACUGAGAAACGCAACGGCAGCCAUGAAGAAUCAAGUCGCAAGAUUCAACGACCUCAGAUUUGUGGGUCGGAGCGGAAGAGGAAAGAGCUUCACCCUGACCAUCACGGUCUUCACCAACCCGCCACAAGUAGCCACCUACCACCGAGCCAUCAAAAUCACCGUGGACGGACCUCGAGAGCCCAGAAGACAUCGUCAGAAACUAGACGAGCAGACAAAGGCCGGGAGCUUGUCCUUUUCAGAGCGACUGAGCGAGCUGGAGCAGUUGAGGCGCACAGCCCUGAGAGUCAGCCCCCACCACCCAGCCCCUACGCCCAACCCGCGCGUCUCCUUGAACCACACGGCCACCGCCACUUUUAACCCUCAGCCUCAGAGUCAGAUUCAGGAUGAGCUGGGAGACCAUCCUUCGUGGCGAACGAAUUCGGAGUGUCCGGCCUUCUGCUUCAGCUCAGACACGAGGCAGAUCCAGCCGUCCCCGCCGUGGUCCUACGACCAGUCGUACCAGUACCUGGGCGCCAUCACGUCCCCGCCCGUGCAUCCCGCGACGCCCAUCUCCCCCGGCCGGCCCAGCGGCAUGUCCUCUCUGAGCGCCGAGUUGUCCAGCCGACUGACCACCGCCUCUGACCUGACGGCCUUCAGCGAUCCCCGCGUGGGCAUCGACCGCCAGUUUCCCGCGCUGCCCUCCAUCUCCGACCCCCGCGUGCACUACCCCGGAGCCUUCACCUACACCCCGACUCCGGUCACCUCGGGGAUCGGCAUCAGCAUGUCGGCCAUGCCCACGGCCACCCGGUACCACACCUACCUGCCCCCGCCCUACCCGGGCUCCUCCCAGGCGCAAGGAAGCCCCUUCCAGACCAGCUCGCCGUCCUACCACCUCUACUACGGCACGUCGGCAGGGUCCUACCAGUUCUCCGUGAUGUCCGGCGGGGACCGCUCCCCGCCGCGCAUCCUCCCUCCUUGCACUAACGCCUCCACGGGUUCCACCCUCCUCAACCCCAACCUCCCCAACCAGAGCGACGCGGUCGAGGCCGAGGGCAGCCACAGCAACUCCCCGACCAACAUGGGCAGCACGGCCAGGCUGGAGGAAGCCGUGUGGCGGCCGUAUUGAAUCCGGCUGCCCAGCCCAUCCCACGCGGCCAAGGGCCGGGGCGCGGGGCACCCGGCCGGCCGGUCCCCGAAGCCGAUGCAUCUCUUUCAGCAGACUCCCUCCGUCCCCCCGGCCCGCCACGGGGGCCCUCACGUCGGGAAAAGGGGACCAGACGCCGCCUAGGCCGGCCCGCCUCGCCACCCGGGCCGGGGAGUUGCCGCCAAGAAGUAGAGGAAGAGUCCCCCGGGGGCAACUGUGAAUGCUUCUGAUUUAGCAAUGCUGUGAAUAAAAAGAAAGGUUUUCUUCCCUCGACCCAUAGCAUUU